UUACGCACUUGUCAGCAAGGACUUGGCUGUAAAGCCCUCUUCUCCAUCCACGUCGUCUCACGGGGCGAUAGUUCGUAUUUCCGAGCCUAAUCUUUGUACCUGGCUGGCCCGGAAGCUGGAGGUCCCACGGCGGGCAGGGCGCUCUAGGUCAAGCGGUUCUCGUCUCUAUGACCACAGGAGGCGGCGCCGGGUGUUCUAAACAGCGGACUGGGAGGCGGUAGGAGUCAGUUCAGCCGGCGGCUGUCGCGGGAACAUGGCAACCGUAAGAGAAAAUGUCAGUUUAUUAUUCAAGUUAUACUGCCUGACAGUGAUGACCCUGGUGGCUGCAACUUACACCAUAGCUUUAAGAUAUACAAGGACGUCAGACAAAGAACUGUACUUUUCCACCACAGCCGUGUGUAUCACAGAAGUUAUAAAGUUAUUGCUAAGUGUGGGAAUUUUAGCUAAAGAAACUGGCAGUCUGGGUAGGUUGAAGACAUCUUUAAGAGAAAAUGUCUUGGGAAGCCCCAAAGAACUGAUGAAGUUAAGUGUGCCCUCACUAGUAUAUGCUGUUCAGAACAACAUGGCUUUCCUAGCUCUUAGCAAUCUGGAUGCAGCAGUGUACCAGGUGACUUACCAAUUGAAGAUUCCCUGUACUGCUUUAUGUACUGUUUUAAUGUUAAACCGGACACUCAGCAAAGUACAGUGGAUUUCAGUUUUUAUGCUGUGUGGUGGAGUUACUCUCGUACAGUGGAAACCGGCCCAAGCUACAAAAGUCAUGGUGGAACAGAAUCCAUUGUUAGGGUUUGGCGCUAUAGCUAUUGCUGUAUUGUGCUCAGGAUUUGCAGGAGUGUACUUUGAAAAAGUUUUAAAGAGUUCAGACACUUCCCUUUGGGUGAGAAACAUUCAAAUGUAUCUAUCAGGGAUUGUUGUGACAUUAGUUGGCGUCUACUUGUCUGAUGGAGCUGAAAUUAAAGAAAAAGGAUUUUUCUAUGGUUACACAUAUUAUGUCUGGUUUGUCAUCUUUCUUGCAAGUGUUGGAGGCCUCUACACUUCUGUUGUGGUCAAGUAUACAGACAACAUCAUGAAAGGCUUCUCUGCAGCAGCAGCCAUUAUCCUUUCCACCAUUGCUUCUGUGAUGCUGUUUGGAUUACAGAUAACUCUUACCUUUGCUCUGGGUACUCUUCUCGUGUGUGUUUCUAUAUAUUUCUAUGGAUUACCCAGACAAGACACUACAUCCAUCCAACAAGGAGAAACAGCUUCAAAAGAGAGAAUCAGUGGUGUGUGAUUUCAGCUGCAAAAGAGAUUCCUACUAAGAUUAUACCAUUUGCAUUAAACUAGAGCCUUAAAUCAAUCCCAGAAGGUAGCUUAAACAAAUGCUAAUUAACUGUGUAGCAUCAGAAUUAAGAAGAAAGUUAUCUGAGUGAAUUGCUACAAAAGAUUUAAUGUGACCUGUCUGGGGUAAACCCAUUUUGUUUUAGAAUGAAG